AUGGUCAUGGAAACCCCAAGCCCACAAUGUGUUGGUCGAGAAUUUGUGAGGCAGUAUUACACCCUGCUUCAUGAAGCCCCCAUUCACCUCCAUAGAUUCUACAGUCAUGAUUCCUGUUUUGUUCAUGGUGGAGUGGAGAAACCUGGUGAGGAACAACCCCCAGUUACUGGCCAAACUGAGAUUCAUAAGAAGAUCAUGUCGUUAAGUUUCCGAGAUUGUCAUGCUAAAAUCAGACAAGUUGACAGCCAGUCUACAGUUGGUGAUGCUGUAGUAGUUCAGGUAACAGGAGAGCUAUCAAAUAACGGCCAACAGAUGAGAAGAUUCAUGCAGACAUUUGUUCUGGCUCCCCAAUCUCCUAAAAAAUAUUACGUUCAUAAUGAUAUAUUCCGUUACCAGGACGAGGUUUUCCAUGACAACGAGGAUAGCGAAGUCGAUAUUACAGAGGAAUACGCGGAAUCAGAAGUUGAGAAUGGACAGCCAGUGGAGAAUCCAGUAGAACCAACCAAUUUCUACGCAGAACAACCCAUGAGCAAUGGAACGUCGCAUGUCACAGAACCUAUGGAAUCCCCUCCCCCAAUGAAGGAGGCGGAGAUGAAAGAGGAAGAAGAAAUUGAAGAAGAUAAAUAUGAAGAGGAACCAGUUUCUAAAUCCCCUGAACCUUUGGUUGAAGAUGAACCCCCAGCACCCCCCAAACAGCAACCAGUUUCACAGACUGAUUCAAAAACAGAUCAGAAUAAUGAACACCCCCAGCCACAGAGACAAGCAAGAGAACGAGAGAAGACCAGUAGUUUUAGUCGAGAUGGACGAGAAGGCGAUGGUGAUAACGACAGUCUGAGUGGACGUAGAAUGACCCGAUACCCUGACAGUCACCAAUUAUUCGUGGGAAAUCUUCCCCAUAAUAUCGCAGAGGGUGAACUGAAAAAAUUCUUUGAGCAAUAUGGAGUUGUUAUGGAAUUAAGAAUUAACACUAAAAGUAGUGGUGGAAAAGUUCCAAAUUUUGGUUUUGUUGUAUUUGAGAAUCCUGAUCCAGUUCAGCACAUUCUUAGCAUUAAGCCAAUCCGAUUUAAUGGUGAACAUCGUUUGAACGUGGAAGAAAAGAAACCCAGAGAUGGAAACCGACCCAAUAUGGGGCGUGGUGGAAUGUCAAGAGGCGGUAUGAAUUCUGGUGGGAUGGGACGAGGAUCUGGUGGAUUCAGCCGAGGAGGCAUGAGAGGAGGUUUUGGAAAUCGUAAUGAGGGACGUGGAGGUAGUUCAAUGGGCGGUCGAGGCGGCAAUUCAGACAGAGGCGGUUUUGGUCCAACACGACGUUGA